GAAUUGUAAUUCCACAAGCAGAUUUUAGUAAGCCGCUUCAGUAAGGGGUCUGGAGCUGUGUGUUCCGAGUGGAGACGGACUUUUACAUAGUACGGAACGAAGCGCUGGUAGAGCAUCCAGAGUGUGGGACCCCUUUGGAGCCGUGCCGUGCCUGAAAGGUCACGUGUGGACCCGUCUGUCGAUCUUCGCGCGCCUUCCAUCUGGGAUCCAGGGCCGACCUCACAACCAAACACUGGCACAUAGCCACGAUGCCGUCGUCCGACUAUGCCACAGCUUCGAGUGGCGCGCUGAAGCUCAAAGGUGCUGGUGUUGAUAAGAAAAAGAAGAAAAAGAAGCCCAAGUCCACGACCGACUCUGCCAAAUCCGCCGAUGGAGACGCUACGAGCAUUGCGAAACGGCCGGAAACAGAAAGCGAUGCACACAAAACACCUUCGGGCACGCCCGCUCGCUCACUAUCACCCGAGACCGCCGAACGAUCGAUAAGAGAGGGCGGUGGCAGACAAAAGACGGAUGCUGAGAAGCGACACGACGAGAUGCGACGGAAGAGACUGGAAGAGAAGAUGAGGAAGGAGGGUGUCAAGACACACAAGGAGAAGGUCGAGGAGUUGAACAAGUACCUCAGCGGCUUGAGCGAGCACCACGACAUGCCAAAGAUCGGACCUGGCUAACGCACGAUAACCGUUCCGUAGUUGCGGUGGUAUGUCGUUCAACGACGCGCGAUCCUAUAGCAGGAGAUGGAUCCUAUAAUUCUCGUUUACAUCAACAACAACAAACGGACCAUGGUGGGCAUGAUUGUGGAGACGUCAAAAUGUUGACUGGGGAUUUUGCGCAUACAAAGGUUAUGGGAAAAAAGAUGCCAGAGUGUCACUGACAAAGCUUUGAGACUUGAUGCUAUCGACAGACCUAGCAAAUUGAGGGUCGGCCGUCCGUGCGGACAGUGCGCUGAUAACAGCGAUACCGUGUAUGUCACACACUUACAAGAAAUUUCAACCCGAAUAAGUGGAUUAUGUUUCUGCGCUUAUGAG